GGUUCAUGGCAUAAGGUGAACGUCGCAAGAAGGGGAGAAAGAUUUCUUAUCCACUCGACUUUCCCUCUAAGCCGCCUCGAUACUCGGCGGUCUUUUCUGUUCCUGGCGUGGUCGGCUGUAGCUGGUCUAGACCAUAACCAUCAUGCAGAUAUUCGUCAAAACUUUAACUGGGAAGACAAUCACAUUGGAGGUGGAAGCCUCCGAUACGAUUGAAAAUGUGAAGGCAAAAAUACAAGAUAAAGAAGGGAUUCCCCCUGAUCAGCAGCGUUUGAUUUUUGCUGGCAAGCAACUUGAGGAUGGAAGAACUCUUUCCGAUUACAAUAUCCAGAAAGAAUCUACGCUUCACUUGGUACUCCGCCUUCGUGGUGGAGCCAAGAAACGCAAGAAGAAGAAUUACUCCACCCCCAAGAAGAUCAAGCACAAGAAGAAGAAGGUUAAGCUUGCUGUCCUCAAGUUUUACAAGGUCGACGAGAAUGGCAAGAUUCAUCGUCUACGACGAGAAUGUCCUUCCGAACAAUGCGGUGCCGGAGUUUUCAUGGCAGCCAUGGAAGACCGUCAUUACUGCGGAAAAUGUGGCUAUACUCUCGUCUUCAACAAGCCUGAAGAUAAAUAAUAUGUGUAUCCCGUAUAAAUAACGACAAAA